UCAGCAUGAGUAACUAUGAAAGGUUUGACUCAGAUCGGGGUGAGCCUGAAGGAGCAGCUGAAAUUGAUGUCACCAGAGUGGAAAGUAGAGAGAUUCAAGACACACACAUACAAGUUGAUAACCCUGUUGAUAAAGGACAAGUGAAAUUCUAUGAAUCUGAUAACAAACCUGGCUUAGAGUACAUUGAAGAUCCUGCACAGAAAGUUCAACUUACUGGAUUGAAAUUAAUCCAGUCCAAAUUCAAGGCUGUAAUUGAGAAUGUAAUAUUCCGCAUCAUUACUGUGCUGUUGAUAUUGUUGGACUUCGUCCUGACCAUCAUUGGACUGGCUGAAACUGACAAUGCUAGUAGUGGUCUGGAGAUUGUCUCCCAUUGUAUCAUCACUUAUUUCCUGCUGGAGGUGGCAGCACGAAUAUUUUAUCAGGAGCGCCUGUUUUUCACCAGCAUCCUAGAUAUGAUAGAUGGAGGGGUCGUAGUUGUGUCUUUCAUUUUGGAUAUGGUGUUUAUUGCUUUAUCUACGAAUGAUCCGGACAUGGACUAUCUCCGGUUGGUUGUGAUUGGUCGAGUAGUAAGGAUCAUCAGAGCAUUGCGAAUUAUCUACCUUAUGGUUCAACAACAACGUCAUGUAGCAACAGCGUCUCGUCGUGUGGUGUCACAGAACAAACGCCGAUACCAAAAGAAUGGGUUUGAUUUGGAUCUUUGCUAUAUUACAGAGAGAGUGAUUGCCAUGUCAUUUCCAUCAAAAGGUAUGAUGGCAAUGUACCGGAAUCCAGUCAGGGAAGUGGCAAGGUUCUUUGAUGAAAAACACAAAGAUCAUUACAGAAUUUACAACCUUUGCAGUGAGAGAGAUUACGACGAGGAAUUGUUCCAUAACAGAGUGGAGAGGGUUUUUAUAGAUGACCACAACGUCCCCAGACUAAGUGAGAUGGUAGAUUUCUGUGCCAAUGCCCGAGAAUUCAUGAAUGAAGAUACUCAGAAUGUGAUAGCUAUCCAUUGUAAGGGAGGCAAGGGAAGGACAGGCACAAUGAUAUGUACAUGGCUCAUAGACUGUGGUCUGUUUGAGGAUGCGGAGGAAAGCCUUGGAUACUUCGGUGACAGGAGAACAGAUUUAACAGUUGGCAAGACGUUCCAGGGAGUUGAAACUCCCAGUCAGAGUAGAUAUGUUGGAUAUUAUGAAAAGGUGAAGAAAGAUUUAGAAGGACAACUACCUCCACGAAAAGAGAAGAAAAUGACAUCUGUGAAAAUUGAAGGUCUUACAGGUGUGGGGAAUGGAGAUGGUUCUGACUUUUCUAUGGAGAUUAGAGUUGAUGGACUCCUCAUAUACGAAUGCCGAUUUGGCGAUAAUAUUAAUUGUCAGAUGAUGAAAUACACUGACAGUGAUAGUAUUGUUGUAAACCUGCAGAACUCUCCAACCUUAUUCGCAGAUGUCAAACUUCGCUUCUUUUCAUCUGCAAAAAACAUCCCAAAAAUUUAUGACAACUGUGCCUUUUUCCUCUGGUUCCAUACUUCAUUCAUUGAAAGUAAUAAACUGCGUUUGACUAGAGAUGAAAUUGACAACCCACAUAAGAAGAAAGCCAAAGAGGUUUACAGGGACAAUUUUGCAGUGGAACUCAAUUUUGAAGAUGCUGAUGAGGACUGAGGAGAAUUUUUGAUUGAGAGAGAAAAACUGACCCAGAGACAAAUUUCAAGUGGACAGGGCUUCUGAAUGUGGAAUAUUUUUAACUGUGGGAGAGUUCUGACCGAGGAAGGCAUUUUGUAGGGUAAAAGUGGAUUGGGGAGUUUUAAAAUGGGGGGCGGGGGUUGCUUUUAGAGUGACUAAAGUUUGACUUUGGGAUGUCUGAUGAAGGUUGCUUGCUUUUUAGAUUUUCUGCUUGGCAAUAGGUUCCGUUAAAGAGGAAGAUUCCUAAAUGUGGGAAGGGUUUUGUGAGAGUUAUUGUCUCUCUAUGAUUUUUAACUGUGUAAGCUGCUGUUUCUGACUUCAGAAGAAUUUUGUCUGCGAGAGCUGGUGUUUCUGACUAAACUAAACAGCUUAUCAUUCUAUCUGCCUAAUACUCAUUUAUAAUAGAGAAGAAGUAUUUUUUCAUGCUUUACAUCUGUACUGCUUUAGUAAUGGUUGUAGACAAUUUUCAUGGAAUUAUUAUUUAUCAUGUCAUUAGAUAUUGUCUCUAAAAGUUGCAAUUUGGCUGGUCAGUGAUCUGUCCAUCUGUCCUUAAAUAAUUCUUCUUAUUGCAAUUUCUUGAAAAGUACUGGAUGGAUCUGUCUAAUUUUAUGUCAGCUCCCAAUGGUCCCUAGUUUGCAUGUUUACUUUUUUGAUUGAUAGGGAAAACAAGAUGGCUGACAGGUGGCCAUAUUGAAUUUUUUGGAAGUUGGUAGUUUGUUAUUACUAUUUUUGAGAACCACUUGAUGGAUCUUUCUCAAAUUUCAUGUGUAGACUCUCCUCAGAGCUUAGUUUUGCAGUGUUUACUAUGGGACUGAUUAGGAAACGAAAUGGCCUACAGGUUGUCUAGGAAUAUGCCAGUUUCAGUUGGUUAUCGCUAUGUCUUGAGAAGUUUUAGGCAAUUAGACAGAUGGUAGAGAAGAGAAAGGAUGAGAAAUAAUGCUAGUGAUGAAGAACCAAUUGAGAUCACAAUGGUGGGCACCAAGAUCCUCCUGUGAUCUCUUGUUGGCUUUUUCAAUAUUAAUAAUACCGUUUCAUUUGACAAUGCUUUGAAUAUAUCGGGUAACACAAAGAUCAGACGAUAUAUUACUAAUAACUAGAAGAAGAGUAGUUUUCUAAUAUGGCUGUUGACAUGGUAUGGAUUCUUGGGACAUAAUUUUCAGUUAAGUCAGUCACACAAUCAAUAUAUAUAAGUAAAAUAAAUACCAUCUUGUUGUGGCCCUGUCAGCAUUGUUUGGAAAAUUUUAUUUUUUUAUAAACCAAUUGGUUUAUACCAGAAAAAAGGUUGAGAUUCUGCAGCUGAGGUCAGUUGGUGAAAUGUAUUUAGAUAAUUUGAAUUAAUUGCAUCAUUCCAGUCGUUAAUGAUCUAUUGUAUAUUUACAGAACAAUGUAUGUAGAUGGAAACAAUAUCGCAGGCAAUAAUAUUAUCAUAUUAUCUUUAUACUGAGGGGGAAGUUAUACUCAGGGUUGUGCCAUUAGUGUGCUUUAUUAUAUACAUUCCACUGAAAUAAAACUGAAGUCAGAAAUGAGGAAACACUGUACUAGAAUAUGCUUUCUGCAGAUUUAAUUUUUGAGGUUAAUUCUGCAGAGCUGUAUGGCUGUGAAGAUUAUGACUUAUCAUUUUGAUCGUAAUUCAAAUAAUGUUUUUUUUUCAUUGCAAAUUAUAUUGAUAUGCUGUCCAAUGUAUUUGAAAUAAGUUCUAGUCAAUUUUAAGUGCCACACUAGUGUUUGUUUUAGAUUUUAUUUCUGUAUAUUUGUUGACUAUCAUUCUACAAAUGACUAGAAAAAAACCUCACCAAACAAUCAAAACAAUGUGUUCUUAACAUGAUAGCCUCUUAUAGGGUUUAGAAACACUUCAGGAUGAUGUGUAGCAUUUGUAACAAGAUUUGAUAUUUUUCUUUGUAGAAUGACAAGUUUCAAUGUUAAGAUAUUGGUUACUAGUGAUGUAAAAGGAAUGAGUCAUUAUCAUUCCAACAUAGUGUUAAAUACAUCUGACUAAGCACUAUGAUCAAGGAAUGGAUUAUCACAGACCUGGAAAAAACUUCUGUUGUAGUAUUCAACAGCAUGCUUUUUUGGCUCAGUUGGUAUACAUGUAACUUUGGAUUAUCAUACUGGAGACCCAAGUUCAAUUCCUGUCACAGCACUUGACAGGAAUGUAUUCUGUCCUAUUACAUAUAUAUGCUCUUCAUUCUGGUCAAUGUUGAUAGAAAAAUCUGUUUUCACAACGUAACAAAAUGUUCAGAGGGGUUGAGUAUCUGUUACUUUUCAAUGUCUUGGUAAUCUUGACGAGCAUUACCAUUGUCUAAUCCUUCCCAAAAGGUUGAUAUGGUGAUAAAAUGUCCUAUUAGUGAUAUGAAGUGCCUGCCUUGCCACUGUGUAUCACACUACAGUACUUGUUAAAUAUUACUGUAGAGAAUUGUAUUAUAAUAUAAACAGAAUUGAUUGUUGAACACAUUUAUUAUCAAUUUAUGUUAGAUUUCUUUUAUUUUAUAUUAAUUUGUCAAGUAUACGAGAAGAAAGGUGCUAAGUUUUUUCAUUACAAUUAAAAACCUGUAUGUAGGUCAAGGACAGUGUUGCUAUUUUUAGGUGGAAAUCGUAUCAUUUGUAAUGUCUUGUCAUGUCAUGAAUAUCAUUUUAUAAUAGAGACUUUUUCAUUAUGGAAAUAUUUUUUACUAACACAGAUGUUAGCAUUUAUAUUCUUACUUUUGUUGUGUAUAGACAUGCUGUGAGGCGACAUUAAAAUGGUAGCUUUUUAGACAUCCUGUAAAGUGACAUUAAAAUGGUAGCUUUGUAGACAUGCUGUAAAGUGACAUUAGAAUGGUAGCUUUGUAGACAUGCUGUAAGGUGACACUGAAAUGGUAGCUUUGUAGACAUGCUGUAAGGUGACACUGAAAUGGUAGCUUUGUAGACAUGCUGUAAGGUGACACUGAAAUGGUAGCUUUGUAGACAUGCUGUAAGGUGACAUUAAAAUGGUAGCUUUAUAGACAUGCUGUAAGGUGACAUCAAAAUGGUAGCUUUGUAGACAUGCUGUAAGGUGACAUUAAAAUGGUAGCUUUAUAGACAUGCUGUAAGGUGACAUCAAAAUGGUAGCUUUGUAGACAUGCUGUAAGGUGACAUUAAAAUGGUAGCUUUGUAUACAUGCUGUAAGGUGACACUGAAAUGGUAGCUUUGUAGACAUGCUGUAAGGUGACACUAAAAUGGUAGCUUUGUAGACAUGCUGUAAGGUGACAUUAAAAUGGUAGCUUUGUAGACAUGCUGUAAGGUGACAUUAAAAUGGUAGCUUUGUAGACAUGCUGUAAAGUGACAUUAGAAUGUUAGCUUUGUGGACAUGCUGUAAGGUGACAUUAAAAUGGUAGCUUUGUAGACAUGUUGUAAGGUAAUAUGAAAUUGAUUGUGUGUAGACAUGCUGUAAGGUGACAUUAAAAUGGUAGCUCUGUAGACAUGCUGUAAGGUGACAUUAAAAUGGUAGCUUUGUAGACAUGCUGUGAGGUAAUAUCAGAAUGACCAAUCAGUGUUACUAUUUGUUAGGUCCAGAUACUGACUGAAGAAGAAUUUUUCACGGCAGCCAGAACUGCAGCACAUAUUUGGAUAUUAACCUGUUUUAGUAAUUUGCAUAAAGUUAAGUACCACAAUGAGGUCUUUGGACUUGACAAUUUGUUAAUACACAGGAAUAUCCAGAAACUUUGAUGGAUGUAAAUGAUUAUGUAUUAAAUAGUAUUCGACCUCAGAUUAUAGUAGCUUUCUGUGUUGUCUGAAGUAAACUUAAUCCCUUUUGGAUUAACUUGUACAAUUUAUCCUGUGAUUGUUUUUAAUUUUCAUUGUGUAGAAAACUGAAUUUAUUAUUGAUAAACUUUGAAAUACAUGAGGAAUUAUAGCCCUCCUAUUU